AAGGACGGGCUAGGAGGGCUGGACUGGCGGCCAGACGAGAGGAUUUGAGGCUGCGGGGUCGCCCUCGGCCAGCGCCGCGCUCCUGUGCGAGGCUCGCGUGUUGAGCCCCACUCGCUGACAGAAACCGGGCGAUGGAGGAGGAAGAGGAGCAAGCCUCGGGCGCGGAGUCCCAGGCGGGCGCGAGCGGCGGCGGCAGCAGCAGCAGCGUGCCCGAGAGUUUCUCCAGGCUCUGGACGGAUGUCAUGGGGAUCUUGGAUGGGUCAUUGGGCAACAUUGAUGAUCUGGCUCAACAGUAUGCAGAUUACUAUAAUACCUGUUUUACCGAUGUGUGUGAAAGGAUGGAAGAGCUGCGUAAACGAAGAGUAUCCCAAGACCUUGAUAUGGAGAAAUCUGAUGCCAGCUCCACGUCCCUACAGCUGCAAUCCCAGAUUGAAGAAUCCCUUGGCUUUAGCAGUAUAGCAUCCACACCAGAAACAGAAAGAAAGUUCUCUCUUCAUAAAUCAAGCUCUGAAGAAAGUGCAGUUGGUAAAGUAGAUUGGAAAAAGAAGAAUAAAUACUUCUGGCAAAACUUCCGAAAGAAUCAGAAGGGACUAAUGAGACAGUCUUCAAAAGGAGAAGAUGUUGGUUAUGUGGCAAGUGAAAUCACAAUGAGUGACGAGGAGCGGAUUCAGUUAAUGAUGAUGGUCAAGGAGAAGAUGAUUACUAUUGAGGAAGCUCUUGCUAGGCUUAAGGAAUAUGAAGCUCAACAUCGGCAGUCAGGAAACAUGGAUGCAUCUGAAUGGUCUGAUAGUCCUUACCCAACUUUUGAUGUUUCUUCCAAUUGCAAUUCAAGAGAGCAAUCAGAUGAUGAAUCAGAAGAAUCCGUGAAGUUUAAGAGACUGCAUAAGUUGGUCAACUCAACUCGCAGAGUGAGAAAGAAAUUAAUUCGGGUGGAAGAAAUUAAAAAGCCCAGCACUGAAGGUGUGGACGAUCACUCCCUUGAUAUUCCUGCAGGACCAGAUGGCAGACCAGCACUUUACUCUGGAAUUCACAAGAAACAACUCUUUUUGGAUAACUCCUCUGAAAAACAGCCAGAUGAUGAAAGUGACUCACUGACCAUAUCUCCUUCAUCCAGCAGCCUGGACACUUGGGGUACCAACAAGAAAUUGCUUAAGACCUUCAGUAAAUCUGAUAGUCGUGGCCUUAUAAAACCCCCAAAGAAGCUUGGGACAUUCUUUUCCUAUCCAGAAGAGGAGAAAAUACCAAAAGUUUGCCGUUCUUUAACAGAUGGAGAAAUGAAGAACCUUGGCUCUCUCAAUCAUGGGAGAACCUGCAGCUUUGGUGGCUUUGAUUUGGCAAAUCGUUCAUUGCACAUUGGAAACAGUUCAGAUCAGAUUGGCAAAGAUGGUGAUUUUGUCUACAAAGAAGUGAUCAAAUCCCCUUCGACUUCCCGCAUAUCCCUUGGUAAGAAGGUGAAAUCGGUAAAAGAAACCAUGAAGAAAAGAAUGUCUAAAAAAUACAGCAGCAGCAACUUGUCAGAGCAGGAACUCAAUCUGGAUGUAAGGGCAGAGUCUCUUCAGGCGCCACAGCCAGAUACCGAUUCUUUGGAUAAACCAAAAUUGAAAGCUGGUGGUUCAGUAGAAAGUUUGAGGAGUUCCCUAAGUGGCCAGAGCUCAAUGAGUGGGCAGACAGUAAGCACGACAGACUCUUCGACCAGCAAUAGAGAGAGCGUCAAGUCUGAAGAUGGUGAUGAUGAGGAACUUGCAUACAGAGGGCCUUUCUGCGGCCGUGCCAGGGUUCACACUGACUUUACCCCCAGCCCUUAUGAUACAGAUUCCCUUAAACUCAAGAAGGGUGAUAUUAUCGAUAUAAUUAGCAAGCCUCCCAUGGGUACCUGGAUGGGUCUUCUGAACAACAAAGUUGGUACUUUCAAAUUCAUCUAUGUGGAUGUGUUAAAUGAAGAAGAAGAGAAACCUAAAAGGCCCACAAGGAGGCGCCGAAAAGGAAGACUACCUCAGCCCAAAUCUGUUGAGGAUCUCCUCGAUCGCAUCAAUUUAAAGGAGCACAUGCCGACCUUUCUUUUCAAUGGCUAUGAAGACUUAGACACCUUCAAGCUCCUGGAAGAAGAAGAUUUGGAUGAGCUCAACAUUCGGGAUCCAGAGCACCGAGCUGUUCUCUUGACAGCGGUGGAGCUCCUACAGGAAUAUGACAGUAACAGUGACCAGUCGGGCUCCCAGGAGAAACUCCUUGUAGAUGGCCAAGACCUCAGUGGAUGUUCUCCCCGGGACUCAGGCUGCUAUGAAAGCAGUGAAAACCUGGAGAAUGCUAAAAUGCGACAGCCUUGUCUCCUGCCCUCAAAAUUAGCCAGUGAAUACAGUUUUAAGGAUUUCCACCAAAACCCACUGGUGAGUUUUCCAAAACUACCCUUAACUAAAUCAACAAAAGCUUUUCAACAAGAAGAGAAGACCCAGUUCAGCUGUGUGCAUCAAAUUUCAAAAAGCUGUCUCAAGCCCCCAGCAGCCAUGGGCCUCAAGAAGAAAGGCAGAAGUUUGCCAAUUGGUAUCUAUCGAAGCUGGGAGAUUUUAGAAAGUACCCCCAGUAUGCCCGUGUGGCCAAGAUCCCAUUCUCUUGGAGAUCUUCAUGGAAACAUUGGCACUGAUAAUAUAAAAUCAGUGAAUACCUUACCUCUGGAUUCAACAAAAAAGUCAACUGAUUCUGAAGAUGGUGAGCAGAUGAUAAAACUGUUGAUGGCUAAUCAAAGAAAAGGGGUUGUUGAUGCACUUAAGGGGAAAAAAAGGGAAUUCCACUUCUCGGCAACCAUGCCUUCUGCUAGAAUGCUUCCUCGGUGUUUGACUCAGAACUGUGAUAUUCAGACACCUUCACUUUCAUAUGGUAUGACCUGGACUCCCUUUGAAAGUUGUAAAAAAGGCACCCUUGAUCUUGGAAGAGCUAAUCGUUCUAUCUCCAAAGAGAAUAUGGAAACUGAUCAGAAGGACGUGGGUGAAGCAAAAAUACAACCAAAAGCAUCUUCACAGCCACCACCAGUCCCUGCAAAAAAAAACAGAGAGCGCAUUUCUAAUGGACACUGUCAUCUCCCCUCAGCUCUUUCUUGUUCAGAUGUACCGUCUUUGCCAGCAAAAAAACAUAACCCGCCUGGCUCCUCCAGUUCCCAUGAAUUGACUGCAUGCAGAACAUUUCCUGAUCAGGAACCCAAAAGUCCUUCCAGCAUAAGGCCUCCUUGGCUGUCAGACCUUCCAGAAACAGCUAGUGUCCAGCAACAUGUGCUAAAGCUAGAUCCUUCUUCAGUAAGGAAGAUAUCCUGUAAUAGAGGACUGGAUCUUGAAAUGUUGAUAGAAAACAAGCUGCAGUCUGAAGAUAUCGAUCUUACAGAGGACCCAUAUUCUGAUAAGCAUGGCCGUUGUGGGAUUCCUGAGCCUUUGGUGCAAAGAUACGCUGAAGACUUAGAUCAGCCUGAAAAGGAUGUUGCUACGAACCUGGACCAAAUACGGGUGAAGCAGCUGAGAAAGCAGCACCGUAUGGCAAUUCCAAGUGGUGGCCUCACUGAAAUUUGCCGAAAACCUGUAUCCCCUGGAAACAUCUCUUCCAUAACCGAUUGGCUGGUUUCUGUUGGCCUGCCAAUGUACUCAGUCUCUCUCAGAGCUGCAGGAAUCAAUGACUUAAGUAAAGUGCCUUCUCUAUCACAAACUUCGCUUCACGAGGCCGGCAUCACUGAAGAGAGGCAUAUAAGCAAGCUUUUAGCAGCAGCGAGACUUUUGAACCCAGAGACAAUUUAACCCAUUCUGGAAUAUAGUAUCUCUCUGUUGGAAAACCUACCAUUUCUUUUAAAAGCAGUUUCAUCAUUAAUUGCCCCAGAACCAAGCAAAUCUGGUCCUUGAGAAGGCUGGAGAUCUUUGAAGUUCCAUCCCUGCUUUGCAUAAAACUGUAGCAUCGGCUCUCCACAAUAGAGAAGUGGUAUCAUCUGAUUUUUCCUCAAAGAAAAGGCACAACAAAUUAUUUUAGUUUGCUAAGGACUUGUAGGCUUGCUUUUGGCCAUUACAAAAAAGAGCUAUUCCUACAUUCUUGAAAAUUCAACAAGAACAACAGCAAACAUCUACAGUUUUUCUCCCAGGAAUGAGAGGAGGUAGUAGAUAGUAGCAAAUAGAUUUUGUUUUUUAAUCCGUUCAAUUGUGUCCGAUUCUCUGAGUCCCUACAGUUUUCUUGGCAAGUUUUUUCAGAAGUGGUUUGCCAUUGCCUCCUUCCUGGAGCUGAGAGAAAGUGACUGGCCCAAGGUCAUCCAGUGGGCUUUGUGCUUAAGCCAGGACUAGAACUCACAGUCUCCUGGUUUCUAGCCUGAUGCCUUCGCCAUUACACCAAACUGGCUCUAGCCUCUAGAUCAGUGUUUCUCAACCUUGGCAACUUUAAGAUGUGUGGCUGGGGAAUUCUGGGAGUUGAUGCCCACACAUCUUAAAGUUGCCAAGGUUGAGAAACCCCGAUCUAAAUACUUUGGUUCUAUUCAAAGGCUAAAGUGUAGCUAACUGACCAUUAAGGAUUUUUAGCCCUAAACAUACAUUCAAAUUUAUGUAUCCUACUGAUACAUAAUUACGAACAAAUGUAUUAAGGAUUAAAUCUCUAACAGAGGUUCUUUCCUCAUCCUUUCCAUUUCAGCUAUUUAUAUAAAAAUAUAUUAACAAAGCUCUACCUUCCCAGCAUAGCUUCCCAGAUGGCAGAACUGGAGGACAGAGCUGAGGAGCAUACAGCUUUCAAGCUUCCCUACAAAGAGAAAAUGAGGCAUAGACCAAUAGCUGAUGGCCACAGAUUCCCAUCUGACUGUAGCUAGGCCAGAGUUCCAGAGCAGGUAUAGCUUAUAGCUUAUCUUCAUUGCAACUUACCAAUUUUUUUAAAGCUCCUUCUUUGUUUAGAAUAAAGUCGAUUUUUUAAAGUUUUGUUUAGCAACCAGUUUUAAUUUGCCUUAAAAUGCUUUUGAGCAGUUUACUUACCAGCCUCCAGGUUCACAAGACCUUUCGUUGUUGCAGUUUUAAUUUAGCAACAGACUUUUAGUCUAAAGAUUUGCUGUAUCUCGUAACAUCUUUUGUAAAGUUGCUGUUUUUGAAAUCACAGACUUUAGUUCUCAGGCUAACAGGAUGUUUAUAGCAGUUAAUGUUGGUUGGCAUUACUAAAAGGCUGAAAGAUAUUUUGCCUUUUGUAUGUACAUAAAUAUAUAAAUAUGAUUAAAAAUGCUUCUCCAUGUUAAUUGCAAUUUUGUGUACUGUGAUGCAUUGUUGUUCAGUUUGCUGUAGCUUUGACUUGGUAUCCUGACUAUAUCAGUGGGACUUUGGUUUCUCCUUCUGCCCCAGAAGAAAAGGUUACUGACUGAAUAAGCAAAAUACCACCCAUCUCCUAGAGAAUCAGAAAAAGAAUUCUAUUUCAGUUUUUUGUUGGGGGGGGCUCAAGCUGUAAUUCCUGUAAGAGUAGAUAAAACACGUCUAUCGCUAGGUGUUGAAAUGACUUACUAGAAUGGGCUGCUAGAGCAAACUGGUUUUGUUUUUUUCUUUAUGGUACCAUGUUCUUGUUUACUAAAACAAUUAAACUAUACAGUGUAAAAUCUCUUUCUUGUUUCUGUGAAUACAGAUAAACUUUAUUUUUGUACAUGAUUGGACAUGUUGUAUACCAAAUAAGCUUGACACUUCGAUUGUCCAGUAGUAUCUACUAACUAUUAACUAGCUACAAUAAUGAAGGUUUUUCAGGAUAAGUAAUGCCCCAAUAGUUUGAAGAUGCCAUGGACUCAAUCUGAGCUUGGGAAGGUGAAGCCCAAUUUCACGUAGGUUCUCAUCACCUCUCUGUGCCUCCCUUUGCAUUACCUCUAAAAAGGAAAUCGUUUUACAACUUCAAAAGUGCAAUAUUCAGCUUAGAGCAUUUCUGCGAAGUGUAAUAUUGCCUUUCCAAAAACUCUUUCUCACCAGGUACCUUUCUGCUUUCUUCUUCCUUUAAGGUAUCAGGUAUCUGAGGAAUUUUACUAAAAACAAAAACUCACCUCUCCAACCUUCACCUAUUUUAUUCGUUUACUCUGACAAGCACAAAAGUGAUUAAAGAUUUCUGCUCACUAAAGAAAAAAAGAAUUAAGAAAAGGAUAUAAACAAUGCCACUAUGGAUUCAUGUUUACAGAAUUACAGAAUGAAAAAAUUCAAUAUUUUAUACAUCUCAAGAAAUACAUUCAUUAGGAAGGAAACAGUUUGUUAAACUAAGAUCAGAGGUUUUUAGACACCAUUCAUACACAAAUCCAACGCUAGUUUUGUUGAUAAUUGCUAUAUACUGUUUUAAAAUAAUUUUAUUGUGUUUAAUCUUUUGUUUCUCACACACACGCACAUAUAUACCCAAUUCUUAUGUAUAAGAAUUACAUAUUAUUAUAGUAUACAACUGACGCAACUGCUGACCAUUUCCCCAUUAUUCAUAUUGAUUCUGAAAAAACAUUAAAUAAUUUAGUAUUUCAGGUUGCAGAGGAAUUCUAAGUAAUACAAAAACCCCUAGGUUGGAAACGGUCAACAUUAAGCUAGACUCUUGUAUUGAUCUUCUACAGACAAGUAAGGCCAUUUUAAUAUCCAUGGAGGAUGGUUUUUAACCAGCAAUUAAUCAAAGAGUCAGCAGGACAUGCUUCAUGGUCCUCCUGAGUAUUGUUCUAAUUAUAAGUUUGCCUUCCGGUGCAAGUGAUAAUGCUGUAAAUAAAGAUGCUAGAGCACAAAUCCUCAUUAAUCUUAUUUAUGCAAACUGUAGUGCAGCAAUAAAGGUCAGUUCACCAAGUCAUAGCUGUACAUAUGUAUUGUAUUAUUUUUAAGCAACAUAUUUUGUCCAUGCUAAACCCUAACUGCUAUCUCUCUUUGGGAAUAAAAAAAAAAUAAGCAAAUUAUGUAACAACUAACAAAAGUUGCACUUUCUGUAUAUGAAUCAAUAUUUAAAUAACUUAUUUUUCUCCCAUUUACUGUUCUUAAAUAAUGUAAGUAGAUGUAAUAUACCAGCAUCAAUAUGUUCUUGCAAUCUGCUUCCAUUGGAGAAAGUUGUAUAAAAAGAAAAAAAAAUCUUACGAAUGUGUAUAGAUUACUGUGCUGUUUUACUUAGAGAAAAAGAAGCAACAAAAUGACUUUUCUGUGUAUGAAAACAAUUCUAUAAUUAUGUUCUGUUGUUCAAAGAAAAAUAAAAUUCAUGUUCAUA